UUUCAUUUUCAUUCUCAUCUUUCUCGCAAUUUCUUGGCAAACAAACAGGCCGCGCUUUCUCUCUGAAUUCUUUCUUCUUCCGUCCCGUUUGUUCCACCUUUUACUUUUAGUCAUCAUCAUCAUUUACGUUACAAUUUUGAUGGCCAGUUAUAUUAGUACCGAUCAAUGAUCAUCAUCGUUUUCCUUGCAGUUUUCUUGUCAACCAAACAAGGCAUCUAUUCUUUCUCUCUGUUUUUUGGAAGACUGGCAAACCCCCCCAUGGAAUUCGUAUAGUGUAUUGAUUUGGGAAUAGUUGAAAGCACUAUCAAAGAGAUGGAUCCAUCAGCAUGUGCAGGCAAGGAACCUGAAAAGUCACCAAAGGUGAAACCAGGGGCUGUUCCGGUGAAAACAACUAAAAAACUAUGGUUGGUGGAAAAUGUUGAACAUCAUCAGUCAGAGAAACCACAGGUUCUACCUGUUUCAAAUUCUGAAUGGAUUGAUCAAAAUGGCGAUGAAUUUUGGCCACUUUCAGGGAAGCCAUACUUCAGUGUAGUUAUUGCUAAAACCCAUAUCAAGCCUGCUUAUCAUCUGUACCUUCCAAACAAAAUGCUUCCGUACCUGCCUCCCAAUCCUGCCCCGGUGGUACUCACUUUCCGUGGCAAGAGCUGGGAGAUGGAGUACAAUGCAGAUCGCAACAACAAAGCAUUUGACAGCAAAUGGAGAAAAUUUGCAAAUGACAACGAUCUGAAGCUGGGAGAUGCUUGUAUUUUUGAACUCAUGGAGAGCAACCCAGCACUAAAAUUCAGAGUUCAGAUUCUUAGGGGCGACUUCCCAGCCGAAUUGCUGGAAAGGGACGGGAACAACUCAGACAGAGUCUAGGCGUUAAAGCGGAGGCCGAGAACCACCAGAGGAGAUUGACAGUCGAGGGCUCGACCCACUGGUCGAGAGAGCAGAAGGGCGAAGCACCAAAGGAGCAGUCUACAAGACAGAAGACAGUCAAGGGGCCCACGGGAAUUUCUCAUGCGUGAGCCCUCCUAUGACUAAGUCAGUACAGGUCAUGAAAAAGUAGAUAUAUAGUAUGAUGCAGUGUGCUCAUGUGCAUGAGUGUUCUAGGUUGGACUCCUCAUGUAUGUGAUACAGAAAGAUACAGAGAUAGAUUGGGCAGUCAGGAUGGCGUGACUGGGACACAUGGUUAGCACAUGACAAAGAUGGAGGAAGCAUGAAACUAUCCUGCUGCACCCUAGGGUCCUGGGGUUAGGCAUGCAUGGAGAACAUUACGCGGCUGGCCUAAUCGCCAUGAGGUGACAAGGGGUGAGAUCCUUGGGGGUCCCUAGGUGACCCGAGAGGUCACCGUAGACUUAGCCAAAUACUUACGCGAAUGCCCGAGAGAGUCAUUCGCGGAUACAUGUGAAAGAUAUGCACGUGGCAUGAGGCCACGUAGGUGCGACAUGGGCGCGGUUAAGUCUGCUGGAGACUCUUCGGGGUUGGGUCUCCGGAUAAGUCUUCAGGGCCGUGUAGAAAGGUCCGCGCGGCUGGCCGGGGUGCCCGCGCGCGGCCGGGUGGGCAGCACAUGCGGCCGGCCCUCAGCGCACGGCUGGGAGGCUUCCGUGGCUGACCCUUCUGCUGGGCCUCUUCCGAUGACUUCUCCUCGAAGACUCUUAGUCUUUUGUAUGGUUCGAAGGGUCCGAGUCUUCCAGAGCUCCCGAAGACUCCUUCCUUGCGCAGACAAGAGGCCAAAAAGACCCUUUAACAAGGCCAUGGGCAGGCCACCUUGCCUUAUGCCUUUUCCUUAUAUUUCUUGAUAAUUUUGGCCUUUUUCCCUUGGCUCCAAAGGGCGGUAUGCUGACGGAUGAACGUCCGGCCACAGACAUGCUUUUCAAGGACUAUGGGCAACUUUCUCGGGGACUUCUCCAAGAAGAACUGUCCCAGGGGCUAUGCUACAACAGAAGUGAAGUGGGGUUUGUUCGUUAUCAUAAAUUUUUAUUUAGAAAUUUUAUGAUUUUCUAUUAAAUCAGAGAAAAUGCCAAGUCAUAAGAGAAAAUGUCGUGCAACUUUAGAAAUGGUAAUGGAACGGGUUAAGAUUAUGGCCUCUUGAUGUAUUUGUAUCAUUGGGUUUAAUGUAUUUUCUUAAACUAUUUAUUUGA